UUUCCGCUCCUCCCAGCUGGCUCGCUCGACUCACGGCGGCCAAACUGAAAGAAAGAAUCAUUUCCUAAACUGAUUCACUUCAGUUCGUUCACGAAAAAGAUUCGUUCUUCUGAACGAAACAACACGAAUGUGCGGCUGGCGGCAGCUUUGCUCCUGCAAUCGGCAACUCAAAACGGAGUUGGAAUGUGCGGAACACACGCACUCUCAGAGUCGCGGUAGGACGUCAGAUUGAAUUUCCGAACGCUCGCUAAGGAAGGAACAACGACAUUGCAGACGGUACCAUCACGUUAAAAGGAUGAAAGCUGGCCACUGAAUAUGAUGAGUCAGCAGACAUCAACCCUUGCCUGGCCCAACUGGCUGCUGCGGCCCUGAUCAUCCCAGUGUAAAUUAUUCUUGGCAAUGAACAGGAUCAAAACUUACCUGAGAAACCGACUUCAAGGAGAGCACCUUGCUGCAUGCAUGAGGAUUAGUAUAAAUGGACCUGACCCUGAGUCCGUUCCAUUCAGAAAGGCCUUAAAGAUAUUUUUUCAAGUUUAAGAAAGCUCCAUUGCUCAGACAGUUGUCAACCUUGUAAAUAGCUAACUGGAAAUGAUUUUGUUGCUUAUGUACAAUAAAUAAGCAUAGUUCAUGAACCUGCUUUUGAUAAAUUAUUUUGAAUGCGCCUAUCAAACAUCACAGCGCCACCCUUGCACUGCCCUGCCCACCACAAUCCUUCUGUCCAUCCAACGCCAUGGGAAAGAAAAGUCGAGCAAGGAUUCAGAAAUCUGGGUCAGGAGCUAGUGCCAUGGCUUCUCCCAAAGAGAUGAACAACUUAAUCGCUGAACUGCUGCAAAGGUGUAGCAGUGAAGCUCCGUCUGCCAGUGAAGAGUGGGAGGAAUAUGUCCAAAUUAGAAGUUUGGUGGAGAAGAUCAGCAAGAAACAGAAGGGUAUGUCGGUAGUAUUUGAGGGUUGCAGACACAGCCAUUUCCAGGAUCUGGUGUCCUGGGCAAAAGCGAAUGGGGCUUCCUGUGAUGGGAUCCGAAUUGCCAACUUUGGAAAAGAAGGCUACGGCCUUCAAGCUACAAGAGAUAUAAAGGCAGAAGAACUGUUCUUGUGCAUUCCAAGGAAGAUGCUGAUGACAGUGGAAUCCGCACAGAAUUCCAUCCUGGGACCUCUCCUCCGCCAGGACCGGAUUCUUAAGGCCAUGGGCAAUGUGUCACUCGCCUUCCAUCUGCUUUGUGAGCGGGCCAAUCCUGCAUCAUUGUGGCUGCCAUAUAUCCGCAGUCUUCCUCAGGAUUACAGUAUCCCACUAUACUACCAUACGGAAGAGGUCCAGCUGCUUUUGGGCACACAAGCGAUUCAGGAUGUCCUCAGCCAGUUUAAAAACACAGCCCGCCAGUAUGCCUACUUCUACAAACUUUUACAGACUCAUCCUGCUGCCGGUGUUCUACCCUUGAAGGACAGCUUCACAUUUGAUGACUAUAGGUGGGCUGUGUCUUCAGUCAUGACCCGUCAGAACCAAAUCCCUACUGAGGAUGGCAGCAGAAUCACACAGGCCCUCAUUCCUCUUUGGGACAUGUGUAACCACACAAAUGGACUGAUCACUACUGGCUACAAUUUGGAGGAUGACCGUUGUGAGUGUGUGGCACUCCGAAAUUACAAGGAGAAUGAGCAGAUCUACAUUUUUUAUGGCACAAGAUCCAAUGCCGACUUUUUCGUCCAUAACGGCUUCUUCUUCCAAGACAACAUCCACGAUCGGGUGAAGAUCAAGCUGGGCAUCAGUAAAAGUGAGAGGCUCUACGCCAUGAAAGCAGAGGUGCUUGCACGUGCUGGUAUCCCAGUGUCGUGUGUCUUUGCUCUGCACGCCAAUGAAUCCCCUGUUUCAGCACAGCUUCUUGCUUUUUUGAGAGUUUUCUGCAUGACAGAGGAAGAACUGAAAGACUACCUUGUGGGAGACUCCAUCAAUAAGAUUUUAAACCUGAGCAACCUUGAUUACCCAGUUAGCUGGGAGAAUGAAAUCAAAUUGUGGACUUUUCUGGAGACCAGAGUCACGCUGCUGCUCAAAAACUAUAAAAGUACAUCCGAGGAGGACAGUAACCUGCUACAGCAACCUGAUCUAUCGCCUCAUGCUCGUGUGGCAAUCCAGCUCCGCCUAGCUGAAAAGCAGAUCCUGCUGAAAUCACUGGCCAGUGGAGAAGCCAAACAUGUGCAUUUUGAAAAAAAAGUGGCAGAGGGCACGCCUUUGCCUUGCUCUGACAAUGGUGGCAUGGCUUCAUGUGAGAAUACUACUGCAAAGCUUCCCAUCAUGUUGCACAAGGUGGAGACGUUUGGGAAGGGCAAGGAGUUUGAGUUGGAGAAGCACUGUAUCUCUGAUUGGAGAGUUUGUGUGCAAGAUGGAGACGAAAGCUAAUAGAUACCCAGUGCAAGAAUAGAGAUUUAGAUUAGCAAUAAUGAUGAUUUAGUUCACAAUAUGUGACCCAGAACAAUAAAGAAUCAAUACGUAAACAAGGAUAAGAAGUAUAAAUCUGUCAUCGAAACCAACAAAAAUUUCAAAGCCAAUGUUGAGUUAAUAAAUUCCGCUAUACUGCCACAGUUCAUGGUAUUUAUUUUGCUAUUUUUAUUUGUGUGUGUGUGUGUGUGUUAGACAAAUGACUCAGAAAUAUUGACACUCAGUCUGAUUUGCAAUAAAAAAUAGUCUAUGCAUUUGA